AUGUCAAUAUCAACGUUGAGACGCUUCUUUUGGCUGGGGGCAUUGCUCUCGGCUACCAUUCAGGUUUCUGCGCUUCCAACAGCUCAGGACCAGGUAUGCAAUGGCCAUCGAGAGUACUGUGAUCGUCGAUACUCGGAGCUGUCAUUCGUGGGUGCUCACAACUCUCCGUUUGUUGGACCACUUCUCCAGCACAACCAAGACAUCACUGUGACUGAGCAGCUGGAUUUUGGUAUCCGAUUUCUCCAAGGACAAACGCACAAGAACGAUGAUGGCGUCUUUAGCAUGUGUCAUACAUCGUGUAUCCUAGAAGACGCUGGGAGUGUCAGCUCAUUCCUCCAAACGGUCAAAACAUGGCUAGACAGUCAUCCAAAUGAGGUGGUUACCCUCUUGAUCACAAACGGGGACAGACUUGAUAUCAAGGAAUUUGAUGAUGCUUUCAAUGCUGUCAACGGAAUCAAGGACUAUACCUUUGCACCAAAGUCCAAGCUUGCCCUCGGCGAUUGGCCAACGUUACGCGAAUUGAUCACGACUGGCAAACGAUUGAUAGUCUUCGUCGAUUACAAGGCAGACACCAACAGAUUUCCAUACCUACUUGACGAGUUUUCAUACUACUUUGAGACUCCAUUCAGUACCACUGAUGAGAACUUCCCGCAAUGCAAGCUUGACCGCCCGACCGGCGGCAAGCCUGACGGAAAUAUGUAUCUGGUUAAUCAUACCUUGAAUGUCAAUGUUUUUGGCAUCUUCCUCCCUGAUCGAUUCAAGGCCGAUAGGACCAACGCUGCUGUAGGCCAAGGCAGCAUUGGCGCCCAGGUUGACCUAUGCAACUCGAUUUACCAUCGCAAGCCCAACGUGGUUCUCCUUGACUUUAUCACCGAAGGGGAUGUCCUGAAGGCGGAGAGAACGAUGAAUGGGCUUUGA